GCUCGCUACGCUUCUGGCGUCCAUUGUACAUAAAGUCCUGUAUUGCAAGUUUCCGCGUGCAGCGGGGCGGGUUUCGCUCGGCACUCCUUCUUCUUCUUCCUCCGGCUCGCUUUCUAUAGUUGCGCUCUCGCUACGCUUCUGGCUCGCGUCGUACAAGUGCGCCAAUUCUCUGCCGUCUCGUCUUGUGUGGCCUGCAAUUCCUCUCUAGAUCUGUCCCGCCGUGCACGAAUUGUGGUGUUUCAGGACCUUGUGCGAGUCUUCAGUCCGGUGUCCUGUCUUUCUUUUUUUCUUCCUUCCAUCCUUCCAUCCUUCCAUCCUUGCUUGCUUCCGACUUUGGCCUCUUCCUUCUCUGUUUGAUCUUGAUCGAGUUUCUACGUCGACGUCGUCGUCACCACAUCGAGGGGCCAAUUGCACUUGUAAAAUCGCAUUGUUGAGGGGGUUCGGCGAGAGGACGGGGCCCGAGAACAAGCGCCUUCGGCUUCACCCCUCCAGCAUGAGGCGAGAAGGACGAAUUCACGGAUCGUAUGUGAGAGAGAGCAAGCAUGCAGCGUGGCCCCCUGUAAAGCCUGCGAACAAGCCGACGAGUCAUAGCAAGUGUACAGGAAAAUGCGGCAACGGGAGAGUGCGUUGCAAAUGCUGCGCUUUCGCUUUGCCAGUGGACAAGUCGUUGAACAAAACCAAGGGAUUUGUCAAAGCGAAAGCGUACAACAUCACCAGCAAUUACAAGAUGCAGGAGUGGCGCGUCUGUGACUCAUCGCCGCCGUCGUCCUCGUCGUCGAAGAAACCAAUUCUUAAGGUUGAGAGGACGUUUUGCGCCUGGGAUCAGAAUCCGGAUCUUGAUUACCAGCCGAGUGAUAGUGAGUGUGAAGACGAGUCUCAACAAGACGAUGAUGUCAAUGAUCAGGACGAGGAGCCCAAUUCUUGGACCUCAGAGAUCGUGGUGCCUAUCGAGAGCUUAUUGCGCGCUCCAAAGAGCCGCCUAACAGUGCCUAACAACGUCUCGGAAGAUGUCGACGAAAGCACAAGCGAUAGCGCAUCUGACAGCGGUGAAAGCUGGGCAAGUAUUGAUUUCUCUAUGUUUACGGGCAACGUCCACUCGACUGACAACGAGCACGACACUGACAGCGAGCACGACACUGACUGCGAUGGCAGCUUUGGAGAUUAUUGGUAUAUGGUGAACGAGGUUCAGUCGGAGUUGGAAUAGAAGUCGAACCCCUUGUACAUUUUAGUGAACUCUCUGUGUAUAUUUACAUCUCGUAGGAACUUAGCCAUUCAUUUUUUUCAAGGAAAGGAAAACAGGAGGAUGCCAAGCAUUUACGAGGACGUUUUGUAACAUUAAGUCAGUUUGUGCAUAGGUGACGGAAAAGCCCAAGAAAAAAAGGAAGGGGCAAGACGAAAAGGUCUAGAAAAGAGAGCAAUUGCCCUGACUGUUUUUGUAACAACCAUUUAUGACUUUCUCUGUCUUGUUCCCACCAUUCUUGUCUCGCCUUAUCAGUGUUCCAUAAAAGAUUCGUGAUGAUGAAAGGAUAGACGGUGAAGAGUCAAUUUGUGGAAGGAGAAGAAUGUUCUUCUGCUGCACUCGUUGACAAAUAAAGACGAGCCACACUUCUUGGCGUCCUACAGCUGGUUGGGUGUUCUCUUUGACUUCCUUGAUGCUUGUUGUUCUCGCCCUUCUCUCCCGGCAGGUGAUAAUUCCGAAACUUGCCUAAUCUUUCUCAGACUUCGUUUCUUCAGCAGAGUACCGAAUGUACGACCAUCCUUCGUCACAUAGCAUGAUAUUUGCACGCAUUCUCGUCGUCCUAAACAGGAGUUAGUCAUUGCCGCAUGCUUUAACUGCCUGACUGGUUCUGUUCGUCGUGUUCUCAUGCCUGUCCUUCACUGUUUUGUGCUUGUUAAAUUAUACAGGAUUU